AUGCCGUUCCUCUCUUCCCUCUUCCGUUAUCAACGGAAGCGCUCCUUGGAGGAUGAGCCAGAGCACAAGCCCAAACAGCGUGCCCAUCUCUCACUACCCACCUUCCCCGGGUUCGGCCACUCCUCGGGCAACAACGCCCAUUUUUCGCCGUUCAAGCCGACACUCCAUGCGGACAGCGCCGCCAGCGCAGCCAGUCCCGGGACUACCGAGCCCAAAAGUACUACUACCCACCUCCCCAUUUAUCAGAGCUUCACGUCGUCCCGCCGUGAUGAUUUCUUCGCCCUCCGCUACCAGCCGGAGGACCCGACCCCGGGUCUGAACCAGGACAACAACGGGGAGUCCAGCACCUCCGCCCAGCGCAAGAGCCCCCGGGUGUCGGCUAUUACGGACCUGGGCAAGCAAGAGUUCCUCUCCCCGAAGGAUGACGGGCUGGCGUCAAAAAAUCCCGUCUUUGACGAAUCUGUGGCACUGGCCAAGUACUACCAGUCCAUCAUCCCGGAUUACCGCACCAUGUUCGCCAGCUCUGACGACGACCAAAGCGUCAACAACAACGUGGUAUCCGAAAACGAACCCCAGCCGCGAAAGCGCCAGAAGCAGGAGCAGCAGCAGCAGCCAACCACCCACUCCCCGCUUCUCAACGCCGGGUCCAAACCCAAGGACCAGACAAGCGCACCGUCGCCGUCUCCGUCGCAGUCUCCGUCGAGGAAACGGACCAACGCCCUAAAGAAAAGACCCCCCCACCGACGCCGGGACACCCCUUCACCUCCUAAUGCCGUCGUGUUCCGUCUUUCUCCGGGGUCGUCGACUCCUCCGCCCCCGUCGUCGUCGUUCACCUUUCUGCCCCCGGUAUCAACCGCUGCUCCUUCGGCUCCCAACGCUAAGACCUCCCACGGUGAGACCUCUCACGCCGAGGCUUCUACAACCUCCCCCUCAGCGGCCUCCCCUUCGGCAGGCACAUUCUCCCCCCCGUCGGCUAUCAACACCGGGGUAACCACCCCGACGACCACCACUCCCGCAGUCGCCAGCAGCCCUACCUUCAUGGACGUGGACGACAACGGCGAUAACAACGACGACACCAUGGAGAUGGACACCCCGGCCCCCGCCCCGGACCCGGCAACUCCUCAUAUUCCCCCGCGCAACCCCAACCGUCUCUCACAGCAGACCCAGAGCCUCAUCAGCCACCCGCAGCCGACCCUCGGCCAACCACAAAAAAGUGAGGUCUGGCCGAUGAUGGAGAUGGAGGUGGAGAGAGAGAGGGGCAGGCCCCGGUUUAGGUCUCCUUUCCCUGCUACCAUCGCCGUUGCUAUUGCUGCGGCCGAAGCCUCAAGCGUGGGAAGUGGUAGUCCUGCUACCGACCCCUUUGCAUCUAACCCAGUUCAAGAGCCAGAGCCAGAACUAGACGUGGAUAUGGACGGCCCGGACCCAGGCGUAGCCACAGCGGGCGCGGACGUAGACAUGCCAGACACAAACCUGACCCAAGAGACAAAUCCCAUCAUCGAGGACAGCGAAAACACCAACGACGACCCCCGCAUCUCCCGCUUCCUCCACGGCCGGGAUAUCUCAGCCGGUUUGGAGCUGUGCCAGGACAUGCUGGUUGAACAGAUGACUGCUGCUUUUGCUUCGCUCAGUCAUACCAACGAUACCAGCAGUACCAAUGCUCACGGUCCUCUGAUAGGUGGUCCUUCGGUAUCUGGGUUUGGAUCCGGGUUUGGAUCUGCUCCUGCUCCUGGCUCUGGGUCCGGGAUAAGAACGAGAGACCGGUUGAAUGCGCUGCUGCUGAAGGAGGCGUAUGAGGGACUGCUGAAGCGGUGUCGGGAGAACACAGGGACACAGCCCAGGAUGGGAGAGGCGGUGCCUGUUUUGGAGCACUGGCUGGAAGUUCUGGGGCGGUUGGAGAGGGGGUGA